AUGAUGUGUUCGAUAAGUACUUUUGCUGGAAGGUGUUUAUUACCUUUUUGUAAUUCAAAAACAAAAGAUGAUGGGAAAACAGGUGAUUAUUAUGAUAAAUCUAAAGUUUUUUACAAAAGAAAUAAUUUUAAUGAAAGUAUGAAAAGCGGUUUUCCAAAUGGUGAACAUGAAACGAACAAAAAACAAAAAAACGAUCGAGCUUUGGAUCCUCAAGGUAAAACAUACAUAAUAUGGUUGUUUGUCGUUACUUUGGCUUUUUUAUACAAUUGUUGGGUCAUACCUUUAAGAUCAUCUUUUUAUUAUCAAACAUCGGAAAACGUUAAUAAAUGGUUGGCUUUUGAUUAUGCCUGUGACGUCAUUUACCUAUUAGAUUUAUUAUUUUUCAAACCUAGAGUUAUGUAUUUGAGCGAUGGAUUUUGGAUAAAAGAUAGUAAAUUAACAAGAAUUAUGUAUUUUCAUAAAGUUCAAUUUAAGAUGGAUGUUUUAUCAUUGAUACCUUUGGAUUUAUUAUGUUUAAAAUACGGUACGGAUUACCUACCGAUUUUCCGACUCCCUAGAUUUUUAAAGGUUCAAACAUUUUGGGAAUUUUACAAUCGUUGCGAUAAUGUUGUUGCUUCCGGUUAUGUCGUAAGAGUUGUAAGAACAUUAAAUUACAUGCUUUAUCUCAUACAUUUAAAUGCUUGUGCUUAUUAUGCAUUUUCCGUAUGGGAAGGUUUAGGUACGAACGCUUGGGUUUUUAACGGAAAAGGAAACGCAUAUAUUAGAUGUUUUUAUUUUGCAACAAAAACUGCAACAUCAAUUGGUAAAAACCCGAAACCUGAAAACGUGUUUGAAUACAUGUUUAUGACUUGGAGUUGGUUAAUGGGUGUUUUUGUAUUUGCACUCCUCAUCGGACAGAUUAGAGAUAUUAUAGCGACAGCAACGAGAAAUAGAACAGAAUAUAAAAAAUUAGUCGAUGAAACUCUUGAAUAUAUGAGACGUUUAAAUUUACCAAUGAGCCUUCGGGAAAAGGUUAAACUUUGGUUUAAAUUUACGUGGGAACAACAGCAUACCUUUAAUGAAUCAAACAUAUUGGACACGUUACCACCAAAAUUAAAAACGGAUGUUGCCAUUAACGUACACAUACAGGCAUUAAACAAGGUACAAAUUUUUCACGAUUGCGAUCCAGCAUUAUUAAGAGAAUUGGUAUUAAAACUUCAAUCGGUUUUAUUUUUACCAGGAGAUUACAUAUGUCGAAAGGGAGAAGUCGGAAAAGAAAUGUAUAUAGUUAAAACGGGAAUUGUUGAAGUGUUAGGAGAAGAUGAUAAUGAAGUUAUUGCCACUUUAAAAGAAGGUUCGGUUUUUGGUGAAAUUAGUUUGUUAUCAUUGGGUGCAGGAAAUAGGAGAACUGCUUCCGUUAGAUCGGGCGGAUUUUCAAAUUUGUUUAUUUUAAAUAAAUACGAUUUAAAUGAAGCGUUGGUUUAUUAUCCGGAUGCUCAGGAAAUUUUGAAAAAUAAAGCCAAAAUGAAAGAAAAAAGUUUAGCAACACAAGACAUUGAUGAACGUAAGAAAUUGAUAAAAGAAAACGAAGAAAGAGAAAGACAAAAUCGUUUGAAAGAACAAAGCGAACAAAGUGAUGACGUAUCUGAUGACACGGAAGAUUCUUCCGGUUCGGAUGAUUGCAAAAAAGAAUCGAAAAAGAUAGAAAAAAUAAAAAACGAAUCAAAAUUAAAUCAAUUAAUAUCUACAUCAGCUUGGUUAACGACAGUUACCUCGGUCGCCAUACCCGAACCCAUAUUAAAUAAAUUAUCGUUAAAUACCGAUGACGUCAUUAAAAAAAAAAUAACCGUUAAAGAUUCUAAAGACACGAUACAAUGUGAUGUUACAGUACAUAACGAAAUGAAUUGUAAAUAA